AAGAUCCGGCGGUUGCUUUAAGGACCGCGGAACCAAUGGGCGGCCUACUCGUUGCCAUGUCAACGAGGGACAAAACUGCGCUUCAUGUGUUUGCAGCAGCGAAGAGAGUUCACCUUGAGUAAAAUAACUCCAGAUUAUGAAUGUAUGAGGCGUUCUUGCUAAAUGAAGGUGAUGGUCUGUGUUUGAACAGAAAAACGAGUCAAGCUGCAAAAUGAGCAAAAAAUAUGAAGCAGCAAAUGUCUCAGAGAUGGAGGAGCACAUUUUCCACAAAUAUGACAUCAAGAAGAGGCUCGGUAAAGGGGCAUAUGGGAUUGUAUGGAAAGGUGUUGACAGAAAGACAGGGGAGACUGUGGCGGUGAAAAAGAUAUUUGAUGCCUUCAGAAACAGCACAGACGCCCAGAGAACGUUCAGAGAAAUAAUGUUUCUUCAGGAGUUUGGAGAUCACCCCAACAUCGUGAAACUCAUAAACGUCCUCCGUGCAGAAAAUGACAAAGACAUUUACCUCAUCUUUGAGUAUAUGGAUACUGACUUGCACACUGUUAUAAAGAAAGGCUCCCUCUUGAAGGACAUCCAUAAGCGUUAUGUGAUGUACCAACUCUUCAAAGCCAUUAAAUACCUCCAUUCAGGAAAUGUUAUUCACAGAGACCAAAAGCCUUCUAAUGUGCUGCUGGACACUGACUGUGUGGUCAAGUUGUGUGAUUUUGGAUUGGCUCGAUCACUCAACCAGGUGCAAGAAGACAGUGUGAAUCCAGCACUGACAGAGUACGUGGCCACUCGCUGGUAUCGAGCUCCUGAAAUCCUGCUAGGAUCCACAAGGUACACUAAGGGAGUGGACAUGUGGAGCCUUGGCUGUGUCCUGGGAGAGAUGCUGCUGGGGAAAGCCCUUUUUCCCGGAACAUCCACCAUCAACCAAAUAGAGAAGAUCAUGAGUGCCAUCCCUCACCCCAGCCCAGAUGAUAUGUUUGCUAUCAAAUCAGAAUACGGGUCGUCUGUCAUUCAGAGAAUGCUGUUAAAACCACAGGUGCCUUUGGAGGAUCUUCUUCCACCGUCUGUGCCUCAUGAUGCUCUCAACCUCGUGAAAAGUUUACUAGUUUUUAACCCAGAGAAGCGGCUGACUGCAGAACAAGCCCUCCAGCAUCCAUAUGUAGCCAGGUUUCACAAUCCAGCUAAAGAGCCCAGUCUCAACUAUGAUGUUGUUCUGCCAGUGGAUGAUGAUGUACAGUUAUCAGUGGUUCAAUACCGCAACAAACUUUAUGAGAUGAUGCUGGAGUGGAAGAGCAAAAACGCAAUGCUGAAGUUGCCACAGGCUGUAGGCUGUGUCAGCAGUCCGGGGAAGCCGAAUGCCAAGAGUGAACGAGGAGAGAAGAAGCCGGUGACAGCGAAAAGCCACAGAGAUGGUGACCGGGAGGCGAAACCAGCAUGCAAGCAGGCCGACCAGGAAAAGCAUGUGCAUUUAAACGCCGAUGUUACUAACGCUGAAGCAGCAAACGUCAAAUCUACUUUAGGGAAGACAAGCCCAAUAACUCGCCCUGGUUUCAGAAAACCAUCAUAUAAUCCAAUCACUCAUACAGUUGGUGCUCCUCAUCAUGAUCACUCUACUAGAGUCAGCAGGAAGCAACCGGGACAAACUACUAAUGAAACCACAGCAACACUACCAGCAGAGGGACCCAAUAUUAGUGCAUCCAUGGAUCAGAUUCUGCAGCGUGGUCGCUCAGCCCCUGUGGCCCACAACCACUCCUUCUCCUCCACCCUAAUCCAAACACAGAAAAACUCUUUAGUGCGCAAAGAGGACAAGUCUUUAUCUGCUGGCCUGCACAUCACAUCAACCCAGCUAAGCUCAAACUCUCGUGUUCGUGAGGCUCCGCCGCCGCACCGUCCCAGCAAAAAGGUCUUCCAGAAUAACUGCAAUGUGUUGGCUGCUGGUGACCCACGAGCCAAACUCGGCAGCUACUCCCAAGCCUAUGGUACUAUCAACAAGACAGAACUUGACAGUCUCCUUCGAAGUCGGCCUUAUCAUCAUUAACUGCCCUCUUAUCAGUGGUUGCACAGCCAAGGAAAUCACAUGUUUCAUUAUAGGAUGUUUGGUGUUUGACAAACACACUGAAAGAAGAUAAAUUUGUGGGUAAAUGACUGGUUCCAUCCUGUGUAGAAUUUACCCAGACUCUUUUAAAUUGUAAUGAGAAAUACAUAUCCAAGACUAUAUGAUUUUUAUUAAAAGAAAAACCACUGCAGCUACAUUUUUGUAUUGUCUUUAGAUUUUUUUUAAGGUAAUACCAGUCAAAAACAGCAAUAAAUAUCAAAGGAUUUUCACGGCA